UGCUUUUGAUUUUUCUGUCACUUAGAUAUUCAUUAAUAAACUGUAUCUCUACCAUUGCUCACUUCUCAAAACUCACACAACAUUUAGAUGAGCCACAGCGGAGUCAGAAAUGUAGACAGUUCUGUGUUGUAUUCAUAGUGGAAAAGGUAACAGGAGCAAAGAGGUAGAAUAAUAUUAUAAACUCUGAAGAGAAACUAUUUUAUACUUCCCGGCAUCAUUUUCACUUUUUACCAUUUGUUUAAUUCAGAAUUAUAUAAAUUAACUAUAAAUCAAUGAACCUUGUUUUUCAAAUUAGCCCAAACAAUAUUGCUGUAUAUUUAUUACUGUGUUGUAUACUUAUUUCAUUUUAAAAAGUAUUGUCUGAUAAAAUUAUUUCAAUCCAUCCCUCUGCCUCCUUUCCUCUUCCCCUUACUGCGAGCCCUAUAAUUCCCCCGUCAAAGUGCAGAGAACUAGAUCAUAUCAAUCUUCUUAUUGUCUUUGGAAAAUCUAAUCUGUGGGUCAAUGUUGCCUAGCUUUAUCUUAAAAAUUAUCCAGCAGCAAUUUGCCUGACAAUUCAGCUUCCUUAAACUAACCCCCUUUCCCUCCUCCCUACUUCAUUUGAUCAGGGAAGUCUAAUUUGCAGCUGUCAGGAACUUGGAUUGAUAUGCUACUUUAAAAAAAUGAUUUAGUCAUGAUUUACUCCAGUUUGGAACAGAAAGCAACAAUAUAUUACUAUCCAAGGAGCCAGUAAUCGAGUUGUAAACCUAUGUAUUUUUGCCCACAGAUGAACUAGAGCAGUUCGUUAUCCAAGACUGCAUAGGGCAGUUCCUCCAUAGGCCACAAAAGCCACAGCCAAACAAUUUUAGUUGAAUAUUUUCUGCAUUGAAGGCAUGGAAGACUAUAAAUUUGAAGUCAAGGAAUGAAAAAGAGAGAGAAGUAACAGUCAAAACACAAGCUCUGAAACUAUUUUUUUUCUUUAAAAAAAUGGCCUGGAAAGCUCAGGGUUUCAGAGCAUAAUAUAUUUGCAAACUAUUCAGGAACCACUUAAUAUAAACAAACAAGAAAGCUAAGCACUUUUGCCAACAAUGGGAGUGUGAGACUGUUUUUCUAUAUAAUGCAAGAAGUAUCUAAUAUCCUUUAGGUGAGCAUCAGAGCUGUAGAAACCUUGAUUACAAAGCUUGAAAUGCUUUGUAAUCAUAUUGUCAGAUUUUCCUUGGCCAGGAUCCAAACCUGUUGAAAAAGCUGUUCCACUCACACAGAGGGGCUUUUUAAGCACUUCCCUUCAAGUGCAGCCCCAAAGCCUAAUCCCAGGUGUGAGAAGGCUUCUAAAGCACUACUUUAUGUGUGGCUGCAAUUGGAUUUUCUCUCCCCGCACAUUCUGAAGCACUUUCACUAUUCGUGCACAGGGGGUGGGAAGUAUUGUGGUAGAUCUGAAUUGUGAAUAUUUUAAAAAUGUCCACCUUUUCCCAGUGAGCAUGAAAUUAUCACCAUCAGUUUAUUACAGUCAACAGACCAGAAACAAGACCAAAAAUUAACCAUAGAAUACACCAAAAUUUGAUACACAGGAUAUGCACCAAAAAGUGCAAAAAGGAACAAAAGUUUACAAAAUAAGUAACCUGAGUUAAGUCCCUUGGAAUAAUCGCUCCAGUUUUGGCACUUAUUUCCUCCUUAAUUCUCACUGUCACAGAUAAAAAAUAUUAGCCUCUAUCAAUGUCACCAAUGGGAUUUUUGCUCCCAGCAAAUAUUAAACAUGGAAUUGAGCUAACCUUCCUGGUAGUUUGGCCAAUAAAAGACCAAUAAUUUGCUGAAAAGCUCCAGUGUAGAAAUUGCAAAACAGAAGGAAGGACAUGUUCCACACAUUGUACCUCCUGGUUGUUUCUAGGGCAGACCUCUAAGGAGAGAGGAAAAUCAGCAUAGCUACACCAGAGCAUUUGAAAUGAUGAAAUAUUCAAUCUUGCCAGAGUAAAAGCUCUGCAGUAUUUAGAUCCAUGUGAAUUCCUAAAAUAAGCAACUAACUGAAAAAGAACAUUAUAGGAAAUGCUCAAGGAGCAAUCUGAGCAGGUUAUACAUGUGAGCCAAAGGAUCCUGAAAGGAAAUAUCCUAGAACCUUUGUUUUACCAGAGCUAGUGCAGAAUUGAAUAUCAUUUGAAGAAGGAUGCAAAAAGAUUUUUGGGCAAAAAAGGCUGCCAACCAAGCUAUUAUCUCAAAAAGACAUCAUCCUGUUUCCAGUAAUAUAGCUGCAUUAGAAACACAUCUUGGAAUAUGUAAAAGGACUUGUAAGAAUUUAGCUCGAGCAUCAUUUAAUUCCAACAACACUCCAUUAAUUCAAACAGGAGCUCCACAAAGCACUGAAAUAACCACAGGAAUAUAUUGACACUCUUUAGUGUAAAAAAGAAGAAGCACACUAUAGCAGAAUGAUUUAUUGAAGUUUUCUGAGAACCAAAGGAUCUGUGUGUAGCCCAAGAGAUAAAAUGGUGGAAUACCACCCCCAAAGUGAGCACAAAAUGGAUUGGAUACAUCUGAACCACCAAAAUCUACAUCUUUUCAAUCCAUCAAUUUGUUGAGCUUUUUUGGGGGGAGGAAAAUCACUCACCUGUGACAACAAGGCAGCGGAAAUUACUGCUUUUGUUUCCUGACUCGCCAAGAAUAUUUGACUCUACGGAGUAACACAGCGACAAAGGAGGGAGGCGGGGACUUUCGCUCCAUUGCUUUUCACUGCCGCCGAUCGAGAGGGACCAGUAUACAGUAGGUAUACAAUUGCCGCCGCCCCCAGAAAUUGGCGCCCGGGUGCUCCGCAUCCCUUGCACCCCAGGGUAAAGACGGCCCUGUAUUUCACUAUCUGAGUUGAAAUGGGAAUGUGCCGUCUCCCCUGGUGCUCUGCCCCCUCCAGUUCUGCCAUGUGCUAGAACUCUGGGAGCAUUCUGUGAGGCAUUCCCAUUCAUUGGGGAAGAGGUGGAAGUGUUCCAUUUUGCAGUGGAAGCGAGAGCAACGUGUUCCCAUUUUGCUUCAGGGAGUGUUUUGGAAGGCAGUGUAAGCGGUAGGGUGGCCUGAGAUGGGUGCUUCACCCUGCCUCACUAAUUAGCCAGCUCUGCUCACAGUUCUAUCUUCUUUUGGCUUUUCUCUGUUAUAUUUCCUGUGUGUACAGUAACAAGCAGUACCUAUUAUUAGAGAAGAAAUUAGAAAAUAACACAGUUUUGAUCCCUCUCUGGGAAUAAUUGGGACAAUCUCCAAUAGCCCAUAGAAUGCUAGUCUUACACCACCUUAGAUUUUUGUCCACCUUGUACAGUUUUGCCUGUUUUGACUGUAAAUGGCUUUUUAGAGUCUUAGGCAGAGUUCUUACCUAUCACCUGGUCCUUUGGUUUGUUUUUUUUAUUGGAGAUGCCAAAGAUUGAACCUGCAAUUUUGGACAUGCAACAUGUAUUAUAGCACUUAACUAGAUGCCUCAAGAAUUUGGGUUUGACUGUUUCUUUAUGGUGAGUUCACAUAGUAUGUUAUGUCCUUUUCAUUUUCCUAUUGAGAGUCAUCCAUUAUUUUUUCAGUGCACACUCUACAAUCAACCUUUUUAUUACUGGAAGGCUGGUGUUAAUACCUUAAACUUCCUAGAAAUUUUGACUCAGCAUACAGCCUGCCUGGCAUUUUCCACUUCAGAAGACCACAGGUCACUGUGUUGUGGCAGAGCAUAUAGCUCUAGUGGCAUUUCCUUGCCUUCAAAUAGUUCAUGUCAUUUAAACAUUUCAUUAUAAAUGUUAAUUUUUUUAGUGUGAUCAUUUCCAAGGUAUGGCAUAUAAUUGAUAUGCUGCUUUGGCAUAGCAUAGUUUAAUAAUACUUAAUCAGAAGAUAGAAGUGUUUUGGUGCAGAAAUUUGAAACAGGUUCUGUAUUUUACAGCCUAGCAUAGGUUGAUAAUAGCUCAAAAGUAUUUUCACUUGGGAUUCUUAUUGUUCUUCCAACAGGAAUAAAUCUAGCUCUCCCCUCCGGCUAGCAGUACACUUCUCAUAGUUUGAUAAUCCAGUCUUACUGAGCUCUGUAUCCCUUUCCUCCUGUGUGAAUGGCACACAAAUUUGUGACUCAAGUCGGCCCAUCAAAGUGCAGAGCUGUGGAUUGCCUUGUAUUUGCAUCUAGGUUCUGUGAAGGCUGACAAAAAAUUAGAAACCUUUCAUACAUUACUUCAGGGAAGCCUAGAUUUGCCAGGAGGACUUUGCACUACAACAAUCUUCAUCCAAUCACAGUUUCCUAACAAGGGUACUUGUAUGAUAAACACAAUUGCUGCAAUUCACCUGUUAUAAUCUUAGGUGUGCAUUUCAAGCAUUGUAUGGAUACAUCUAAACUUGUAAAUAUGUGAAGUGGUCCUUAUUGCCUUGCAUGCCAUUCACAUGAGUGGUGAUCUCUGCUGCAUUUUCCUAUAUUUUUUUCCAUGAGCAUUUGUUUCCUGCAUCAUUUUUUCAUAUAGGUAUGAAUAUUACUGCACAUUAUAACAUGUUCAGUGUAUCUUAACAACUGGCCAUUUAGCGAUAUAGUGACUGAAUACCUGAUAGGAAGGCUGAGUUUUGAAAGCACAAGGAGGCACUUGCACUCCAAUCAUAACAUUGGUUAAGCUUGUUUUCAUUGCAGUAGAUGCCAAUUAAAUUACUGAUUUUCAUAAUUAUAAUUCAGCAUGGUAAGAGUCGAUAAUUAAUGUUGUCACACUCAAGCUAAGUUAUUACUGUAUAGGAGCUCAGGUCUUCCUUCUGUUGAUGUACUAAUCCAAGAGUUUGCAAACAACACAUUAUUCAUUUUUUUAAAUGUGGAUUUCAGCAGCGUACAAUGAUAUUCAUUCUACCACAUGUUGAAUAGUUUAUAGAUUGAUUAAGAUAAACAAUGCUGAAACGUGUCAGUAUUUUGGUAAAAUCACAUUAUCUCUAGUAAAAACUCUUUCAUUUGAGGAAUCUAUAUUACUGCCCUGAAGAGACUGGAGACACAGCAGUGUUGUAGGCUGCUCAGCCUCCUUGCCUUACAGCUGAUGCAUGGGGUACUACGCUGCUUUCUUGCAUGUCCUCCAGCCUCCAGCUGGCCCCAAAGCUUCAACUCAAGAUAUUUUGAUCUGAAUUGGAGAGAGUGUGGGAGAGAGUGCUGGAAAACAGGAGGGAAAUGACAUUUAGAAGCAUUCUAGAGGGUGUUCCCCACUUAUGUGAUUUUCGCUUAUGUGCGCAGGGCCCCAGAACGUUAUCCCUGCAUGAGUAGGGGGGACACCUGUUGGUUCUCCAUAGGAAAUGGCAAUUUUGUAGAGCACUUCUGGACUUUAAUAGUGCCACAUGGCCUGCAAGCACUUCCCAUAGCCUGCUACUAAAAGCAUAUUUUAACCUUUACUGACUAAAUUGACACUGCUGUUCAGGUCUUGAAAAUAGUUUGUUUAUUGAUUUAUAUUUCUAAAUGUAUGUAUAUUCUGCCCACUCAUAUAUCAAAGCAGUGCACAACAUAUAAUAUUGUAAAGCAAUACAAAAUAAUUUCAAGAAUGACUGCCUCAUCUAAAAAAGGGGGAAGGAUUAAACAACUGAAUAAUAGACUUGUUGACAUGUUGUUAUAUUCCUCCAAUCUGAGCUAGAUAUUCUGGCUGGACGAGAACUUGAUUGAAUGUUUCCCAUUUCCUUUGUCCUUGGAGGUUCAUGUGCCUCUGAAAAUAAGUUUCUGGUGGUUGGGGAACCCUCUGGAGCUGGAAGGGGAAAUCAGCAGGGAGCUUGCACAAGCUGAGGUGCAUUUUUGCUCAUACAUGAGCACCUUGGAAUCCAAGCCAUCAAUUUAAAGCCAUUUGCUUUAUUUUUAUUUCUCCCUGAAGAAAAGCUCUGUAAAUCUAAAUCCCCUAAGCAUUUUCUUUAGGAACAAAUAUCAUACACAAGGAUGAUUUUGUCUUUUCCAUUCUGAAAGUAUGACAGUUAAAUAUUCUCGUCAGUUGCUCGAAGGACUAAAAAGCUUAUUAAAGCAUCUGAAAGGGUGUUUUCUCUCUCUUUAUGCUGGCUUCCAUCUCUGCCUUUCUCUCAUUAUUGGUUAUUUCUUUAUAAAUAUUCAUACUUUAUCUAGAACUAAUCGGUACUAUGUUCCCAAAUUAGCUGAGAUGUUUGCCUUGGUGUACAGCCAAUUAGCAGGAAUCCAGGGAUGUUAUCCAUUGACAGCUGGAAAGAGAUCUCUAACAGCAGCAUAAGGGGCUCCAGUAUUACAUAGUAUUGGUGCAUGAAGAUUACAUAUUAGGAUUUUAAUCAGCAUUCUGUCUACUGUUUUUAAUUAGCAGUGUUUACCAGGAGAGCAUUGCAAAAAUUGUAUUCUUAAAACAACAGAUAAAGACAGAUGUAACAGCUGUGAUUGACUUUUGCUCUCCAGGACUACAGUCUGGAUUUGCAGCAGAAACAAACUGUAAAUGCCACAAAUGGCUACUUUACAGCUCCCCAGAAGUUGUCUUACUCCUCUAUGGAGAAUGUCAAAGCUUCAAAGAAUCAACCAUCUGGCCUGAAGACAGCCUUAACAAGUCAGAACACAUUUAAGAAGAAAUAUCUAUUCAUCCCUUUUGCAUCUGGAGUCUUUUUACCAUAUCACUGAUCUCUCUUAUAAACUCUGAAGGCUUUUGAGCACUGAAGACUGGCAGACAUAAAUUCUUCUUUGAAUGUUCUUGGUCUAAAGUAGAUGUACCCGAUCUUCUGGAUGAGUAUAAGGAUAAAAAGACUGAAGAAGUCCUGAAGAUUGAUGGAGGGCCAUGCUAUUCAAACAGCAGGCGUUGCUGAGACAGAAGCUCCUUGUGCUAGGCAGCCUUGCUAUUGGAAGUCUCCUAUAUCUAGUUGCCAGAGUUGGGAGCUUGGAUAGACUGCAGCCCAUAUGCCCUAUCGAUGGUCGAUUUGGACUCCAUGGCCAAGAUGAAAUUCCACUCCGAGCUCUACAGUUUAAGCGUGGGUUGCUACAUGAGUUCCGGAAGGGCAAUGCCAGCAAGGAGCAAAUUCGACUUCACAGUCUGGUCCAACAGAUUCCCAAGGCCAUAAUAAUUGGGGUGAGAAAGGGUGGAACUCGGGCACUGCUGGAAAUGCUGAACCUCCACCCAGCAGUGGUCAAAGCUUCUCAAGAAAUCCACUUCUUUGAUAACGAUGAGAACUACGCCAAGGGCAUCGAGUGGUACAGGAAAAAAAUGCCAUUUUCUUAUCCUCAUCAGAUAACCAUUGAGAAAAGUCCAGCAUACUUUAUCACAGAGGAGGUACCUGAAAGGAUUUAUAAAAUGAACUCCUCCAUCAAAUUGCUGAUCAUUGUCAGGGAACCCACAACAAGAGCUAUUUCUGAUUACACUCAGGUGCUGGAGGGGAAAGAAAGGAAAAACAAAACCUACUACAAAUUUGAAAAGCUGGCCAUUGAUCCUAAUACCUGUGAGGUGAACACUAAAUACAAGGCAGUAAGAACGAGCAUCUACACAAAACAUUUGGAGAGGUGGUUAAAAUACUUUCCCAUAGAGCAGUUUCAUAUUGUCGAUGGCGAUCGUCUCAUUACAGAACCACUGCCAGAACUCCAGCUGGUAGAGAAGUUCUUAAAUCUUCCUCCAAGGAUAAGUCAAUAUAAUUUAUAUUUCAAUGCCACCAGAGGGUUUUAUUGCUUGCGGUUUAACAUUGUCUUUAACAAGUGCCUGGCGGGAAGCAAAGGACGCAUCCAUCCGGAGGUGGACUCCUCUGUCAUUACCAAAUUGCGCAAGUUCUUUCACCCUUUUAAUCAGAAAUUUUACCAGAUCACAGGGAGGACAUUUAACUGGCCCUAAAGUAAAUUUCAUACAACACUGUGUGUUGCACCUGGAGAUAUGCCACCGUGUCUCUAUUAGAGUAAAAAAAAUAUGCACUUUUCGUAUACACAGCUAUCAAAGUAACCCUUUUUCAUGCAUACUUGUAUAUAUGCAGUGUGUGACCAAAUAUAAGGUGGGAUCAAUUUUUCUACAGAGCAGUGAAUAACGUAAAAUUUACUCUCUGCAUAAUUGCAUCGUUUUAUGCUAUACAAUUAAAAGAGAAGGUGUCAUUUAAAGAAAUUAACUCAGCUACUCAGUUCAAAGGGUCAGUACUCUAUUUGCUCCAUAAAAUUUAAUACCAAACAUAUCUAGAGAGAAGGAAGAAUAUUAUGGUAGAAUUCAUUGCAAGAAUUGCAUUGAAAGGUCUAAGAUGGGCUAUUAUGGAUACAUAUUGCUAAAAGAAUAUUGACCCUUUAAAGGUGUAAAUCUAUGCUUCAGGCUUAUAUUGGUUUAACAGUCACUCUUUUAAAGUAACUAUACUUCUUUGACCAGGGGCAGGGGAUCUGUAAUACAGAAUUCUCACCUGACUACUAUUUCCAGGAUUUUUUAUGGGGUGGGGGGAGAACCAUACUAAUUAAACUGGCAAAAAACCAAUACAAGUUUGCAGUGUAAAUAUAUCCCUUAUAAUGCUGAGUUCUAUUGGAAUUCUUUUCCUCUUGUUUGAAAAGAAAUUCUCUCAUGCAAUCAACAUUGUUUCAAAUUUCCUGUGGUGAGUUUGCACUAUUGUUUUUAUUGUAUGGAUCAUCUUGGCACUUGUAGCAUGUCAAUCAUGUGUCGAAAAGGAAGUCUUUUUUUUUUCUUCUAUGCUUGUACGUUGACAAAGAGAAACCUGCUGUACAUAAUGUAUAUUGUUUGUAAAUACUGGUUUCACGCUAAGUAAUUCUAUUUUGUAAACUGAAUAUGGCUAUUUAAUUUAUUGUGAAAAUUAAAUUUAUUGUGGUAUUUAAAAUGGAAUGGAUUAAAAUUGCUAU